AAGGAUGGAUCAUUCCCAGUGCCUUGUGACUAUAUACGCCUUGGUGGUUCUGCUGGGUCUCCGGCUGGAGCAGGGCGCCUGCCAGCACUAUCUGCACAUCCGACCGGCUCCCAGCGACAACUUGCCCUUGGUGGAUCUAAUCGAGCACCCGGACCCUAUCUUUGACCCCAAGGAAAAGGAUCUUAACGAGACCUUGCUAAGGAACCUCAUGGGCGGACACUUCGACCCUAACUUUAUGGCUAUUUCCCUGCCCGAGGACCGGCUCGGAGUGGACGAUCUGGCUGAGCUGGACCUGCUGCUCAGGCAGAGACCCUCGGGAGCGAUGCCCAGCGAAAUCAAAGGGCUGGAGUUCUACGAGGGGCUGCAGCCGGGCAAGAAGCACAGGCUGAGCAAGAAGCUGCGCAGGAAGCUGCAGAUGUGGCUCUGGUCCCAGACCUUCUGCCCCGUCCUAUACACGUGGAACGAUCUCGGCAGCCGCUUUUGGCCCCGGUAUGUCAAAGUGGGCAGCUGCUACAGUAAAAGGUCUUGUUCAGUCCCCGAAGGCAUGGUUUGCAAACCUGCCAAGUCCGUGCAUUUAACGAUCCUGAGGUGGAGGUGCCAGCGCCGGGGAGGGCAGAGGUGCACGUGGAUACCCAUCCAGUACCCCAUCAUUUCGGAGUGCAAGUGCUCCUGCUAGGGCUGGCGCUCACCUCGCCCUUCCAGCGGACUCACGUGGACCUUUACUGCCACGGAAAUAAGACAUUUGCUUUCUGGUUAACGUUGUAAUGCACUGUAACGUGUAGGAGAAUGUGUAUUGUGUGUAUAUAUGGCACCGGUUUAAUAUACUAUUAAAAGGUCAGUAUUAUACGUGAAGUAAUCAGCGUCUACUGUAUUUUUAAGACUAUUACCCUGA